AUGAGAGUAUUUCAAUGCGCUGUGAUGGGUUCUGGGGGAGUCGGGAAAUCAGCUAUCACAGUCAGGUUCAUGAAUGGGUCAUAUUUGGAGUGGUACGAUCCUACUAAUAGGAAACAACUUAGUGUAGAUGAUCAACCUUGUUUACUUGAAAUACUAGAUACAGCUGGGAUAGAUCAAUAUUUGACUUUGAAUGAUAUGUUCAUUAGAGAAUCAGAAGGUUUCAUCUUAGUUUUCUCACUAUGUCAAAGAGAUUCAUUUGACGAGAUUAUACGUACACGCGAAGCUAUCCAACGUAUCAAAUCACCUGAAAUGAACCAAGAUGUACCUAUACCUUUGGUGAUUGUCGGAAAUAAAUCAGAUUUGUUGGAUGAAAGAGAAAUCGAUAGUACAGAAGGUGAAAAAUUAGCUUUAAAUUGGAAUUGUACUUAUUACGAAACCUCAGCUAGGACAGCAUCAAAUAUCGUACCGGUGUUCGAAGAUAUCGUACGUCAAUUACGUCGAAACGAUCUAAUUAAAAAACAAGAAAGGGAUAAAGAUCCAAAUAGGAGGAAAAGAAGACUCAAAAGUAAGAAAUGUGUAAUACUGUGA